AUGAAGUCACGAGAAGAACAAGAACACAUUGAGGAACUUCAAGGUGAUAUUAAGAGAGGAAAGGAAGACUUAAGCAAGUUAACUACUGAGUACAAGAAACUUGAAGCUGAUAAUCAAAGACUUCAAGAUGAAAUUACUGAACACAGAGCCACUAUUGCUAAGAGGGAUAGUGUUAUCACCGAGUUGAACAAAGACAUUGAAGAUAUGGAAAGCGAAAUUUCUGACUUGAAAAACAAGCUUGAAGCCGAAGAAGACAAUUCAAAUGAUCUCGAGACACAAUUACGCGUGAAGGAAGACGACAUUGCCGAUUCGAGAAGGCGUCUACCGAACGCAACGAAGAUUGAGGAUUAUGAACCACAGAUUAAGGCACUUGAAGCACAAAAGAAGAUGGCAUUGGACGACAAAGCGGAGGCUGAGAAGACUGCUGCGGACCAAUCUGAUAGAAGAUGGAAGACCAAAAGAGAAAACAUGUUGAAUUCAAGAAUUGCUGAAAUUCAAACUCAACUUGAUGAAGAAAGACAGAAAUCUGACCGUGCAGAUGCUGCGAGAAAGGAUGCUGAGAGCAAAUUACAGGAAGUCCAGUGCAACUUAGAUGAAGCAAAUAACACUAAAGAGAAAUUGACUAAAAAGGCCAAAGACUUGACAGUCCAAGUUGAUCAACUCACCGAGGAUAAGAAGAAGAAUGAUAAUGAUUUGGAGGAAAUGGACAAGAUGACCAACGACUUGAAUGCUGAAGUUGACAAGUCACAGAAACAACUUGACACUGCAAAUGAUGACAAAGAUGGCAAUGAAGCAAUGAAACAGAAAUACCAAGACGAACUGAGUAGCUACGAGAAAGAUAUAGCUGAAAUCACACUCAGAGCUGAAACCCCUGAGAAAAACGUCCAGAUGGCUGAACAAGAGAAGACUAUGAGAGAUUAUAAAGCCGCUUCCGAAGAAUUGAUGAAAACUAAGACAGAACUCGACGAUAAACAAGAAGAUAUGCGACAAACCCGAAGACAAAUUGUCUGA